AUGAUCGUCAUCAGAUUGCUUGUUUGGAUUUUACAAGCAUGCAAAAUAGUCCAAUCAGCAGGGGUGGCGGUUCAUUUGACGCUUUUAGCGCGAACGGGUGUUCCUAGCGGGUUACAGCCUUUUAUUUCGCAAUUGAAGGCUGGAACUUUCUUUCCCGAUGCUUUUUACAGUUGUAAUACCAACAAAAAAUGGCAACAGUUUUCGGAGUGGGCACAUUGGCCACCUUUUUUGAUCUUGGGUUCACAACUUUGGCAGGAACGCUAUAAGAAUGAUCCAGAUUGCGAAAACGCUAAAAAAUUGAAAGCGUUUUUAGUGGGCGUAUUUGUGCAUCAGGUCACUGACGUAUCUUGGCAUUCCUUGAUGUCUGGUUACAAAAGCCAUGGUUUAAUCAAAGUUUUAGCAGGUCUUGAAUUCGACGGUGACUAUCAGGCAGCACACAAUUUUAUUGAUUCGAUGGGCGACUUUUUGAUGCUGGGCCAAAUCUUAACAGAUUACUCUUCUGAAAGCUGGGCAUACUACACUGAUCAAGACUGGGAUUUCCCAUUUGAAGACGAUCUUCUGGAGAUUAUACAUCGGUCUGGCGUAAAUGACAUGCAUUUUUGGGAAAUUAAUACCUGUGUGAGAAGAGGGGCGGCAGCUUUGGCUAGUGAGGUCAUGACUUUGCUACAACGUAGGAAACAGGUCUUAGAGCUCGGCUAUGAAGUGUCACCAAGAGCUCGGGAGCUGAUGCAGGAACACUGGCUUGGUGGAGAAAUGAAUUUGGUAGCAAUGGUCAAUAAAUGCCUCCCCACAUUCUUGUCUCUUUUUGAAAAUAACGACCUGGACUCUGAUGAAAUGGCAACCCUGAUCGAACUUUGUGGCUCAUUACCGCCAGCCGAAAGAACCUCACAUGUUGAAGGUUUGUCGCUUCAAAUUCAGCAUCGGGAUGACGGUUCACUGUUUGUCUCACCCUUGACGCCCUUGUCCUUAUUUGGAUCUGAUAUGGCCGUAGGAAGGUUUCAGAAGAACCUCACAUCGUUGGCAAUAAGCGCACCUCUAGAAGAAAAUGAGGGAUCCGUAUACGUAAUUCCAUGGGGCGAAUUGACUGGUCUGAGGUUAAGUGUCGCCGAGAAACCGGUCACCUCUACCUAUGGCGCGCGUGUCCACGCGUAUACUUAUGAAGCGGUGGAUUACCUCGUGGUGUCUGCUCCAGGCGAGAAUAAGGUUCAUUUCUACGAAGAUGGACUCGAAAGACUUUCAAUAAGUGACGCUAAAAGUUGGGAGAGGCAUCAACUUUCUGUCGGUUCAAUUGGUGACAUCGACAAUGACGGAAUUCCUGAUUUGAUCCUCUCGAGUUCACACUAUGGUUUAAACGAAACUGGUAUUCUAAUAAUUGUCGAUGGUCGUGAUACAGUUCAACACCUACGAGACCCUGAAGCGCUUGAAUUAGAGCUGCAUAAUCUCGGUACUUUGAUUCUCAAAGCACCUAUUUCAGAAGCCUUUCAAAACUAUGGAUCACAGGUAGCUCUGUCAAGUGCGCCGAGCGGAGAUAAAUUGCUAUAUGUUGCGGCACAAGGUUUGGGUGUCGUAUUUGCAUAUUCGCAAAGUACUUUACAUCAAAACGCCCUGCCAAGCUAUUACAUUAUUGAAGAUACUGUUGUUCCUUUUGAAAUUGACGUGCCACUCGACUUGCACGUCAAGAAAUCUUUACAGCAUGGCAUGUUUGGGAAAGAAAUGAAGACGAUGAGAUUUAAUGAUAGAGGUUUUGUUGCUGUUUCUUGCCAUUUACACAACAAAAUUUUCAUAUAUGAGGAAACAGCUGGCGCGUUAACGUUUUUCGCCACGUUGGUUUUGGACACGUCUUUCGACCCUAAGACUGUCAAUGCAGCAAUUGGGUUUGGGACGUCAAUUGAAUACGAUGACGAAAAUGAGAAACUUCUAAUCUCAUCCCCUGGAUUAUUCGAGGGUACAGGUGCAAUCUGGGGGAUCAGCAUGUUUGAGAUAUGGCAAUCCGUUCAAAGGUGGAAACUCACCACUAUCUUGGUAACUCCUGCCAAACAUUUGAUAAGCCUAAAUACAGGCGCAUCUGGACAAGGAAGUCCAGAUUUUGGAAAGGUCAUAAAAAUGGGGCCAGAUGGAAAGCUUUUAGUGGGAGCCCCACGGUAUGGGUAUGGGGAUUUUGGUCAUCAUCAACUUUCUGGUGGUAUUGUCAUCAUAUGA